CUGCAGCACAUCUUUUUGUCAUUAUUUUGCGGAAAACCGGCAUUAUGGAAUAACCUAGACCAGCAGACUGGAAUUCGGGACCUUCCAACAGCAUCAAGGACGCGAAACUCUAAAGAGGUAUAGGUUUGGGGAAGUGAUAACUUUAGACCUCGAUCGCAAGUGGCCAAAGGCUUUACUAGGUGCAGUGUAGGCUGACAAAUUGUUUGAACAAGUUACCUUCAGCAUCAUCAUUUAACAGUCUGACUAUUCAAUCUCGUAUUACAAUGCAAACUCGGCGGAAAUGAUUGCGGCCGCAAACUCGACGAAGGUUAUGAUACUGGCGGUAAGGCCGAUUAUUUCCGCCAUUGGAAGACUUCCUCUCGGGGUUUAUUUCGUUGGGGCAUGUGCUAUGUUUCUUUUUGUAUCCGCUAUAAGACGGAGAUUGGGAAAGCAGCCAAUAGAUAAGCAAGACUUGGCUAAGUGAUAUUAGUUGUAUGUAUUACUUAGCAGUCGCCGUUAUGACUUUUAAGUGAGGUAAAGUCUGUACCGAAGCUGAAGUGUUGCCUCAUUGCUCCUCUUUUAUUAGAAGCUCGACUAGCUUCGU